AUGGUCUUGCAGAAGCGGCAAUGGAUCCUUCUGUUCGCUGGCAUAUCGAUCGAGAAAUUCGGCAAGAAAGUUCUGUCCAAGAUCCCUACGACCGUCCCUGCCACAUCUUCAUCAGUGAAGGCCUUCCUUGAGCGCAUGCACCAUGACAUCAAAACCAUGGGUGCAAUGCGAGGCGAAACGCUCUAUUGGAGAUACACCAUAGCAAUAAAGCUUAUCCACACUGCCGUCCGAUGGAGAGUGGCCGAUUCCAAUGAUGAGCAAGAAAUUCCACUAGUUGGAUAUGAAGAUAUAGAGAAGGAUACGCUAGACCAUUUCAAAUUGCUUGACAAGCAAUUUCAGAAAAUACUUGAGACGGGGUUGAUUAAGAAGGGGACUUUGCCGUAUGAUCGGACCCUGUUGUCUCAGAAAUACGUACCUCUUACCAUCAUCAAAGGCGCAGGCCAGGAGUACAUCCCCAUCCCAGAUGGCGAGAGCGCAAUGGUCGCAGACUUCCACUCCAUCCGAACUCAAACCACCGACUCUCCCACCUACAUAACGUCUGGCUUCUACCGCGUUCAAGCGGGCCCCGUACGCGACAUCCCUCAAUUUGAAUCUGAAGAGUCCAAAUACGUUCUCAACGGCCAAAUCGACGUCUUGGACGAGGCAACAGGUAUCAUGCAUCACCUUGUUGCAGGCGACUUUGCUUUCUUCCACAAAGGGUCAAAGGCGCAGUUUUCAACAAAGUCCGGAGGCACAGCGUUUUUCGUUGUGACUAGACCAAUCGUCGCUCAACACCCUGGGCUGAAGGGCAGGGAGGAGAAGGUGCAGUCGAAACUAUAG